CGAUAAUUCCGUCGUCGAAAAAGGAGGUCAGCCGACGAGCAGCACAACUCCGCUCCAGCAGUUUGUUCGUACCGCAAAACGAAACUUGCCUUCAAUAUGGCCGUGCACGUCCGAUUUCGGUGACGGGUUAAAACAAAGACGGUGGCUAAGUUCUAUUUAGAAUUAAUUUCAGAAUUCAAUAAGGUGCUGGAAUUUUUCUGUAGUUUUUAGAACAUUUGGAUUUCUUUCUUCGAAAUGUGGUUAUGACCGAAACUCUUCGAUUAAGUGUCACCCAUACCAGCGCGGGCUUUUCAAAAUAAAAACAGCAGUGUUGGAGAACAAAAUCGGAAAUACCUAGGUCGGAAAAAGUGCACAUCAACAAAAUCCCAUGCCCUACGAGUCCCCAUGCCCAGGCUACAGCAUCACAAUGCCACUGACGGUGUUGGUCUCGGUGGGCGGCCUUCUCCUACUGCUUGUUAUUCCUCCAAUCUUUCCGCAACCCCAUCAUCACCAAAAUAUCACAAGGCGCUCCGACAGGCGGUACUAUGAUGGUGCUAUUUAUAUCCAUCCACCUCAUAAUUCCAAUCCUUACCGCCAGAGAGGGCGCAAUGAAGGCCGAUCCGUGAACAGCGUGUUCAAUCCCUUCUCUCAUUCCUCACCCUCCAGACAAAGUUCCUUUUCCUAUUGCUCUGCGGGCGGCAAGUGCCAAUUUUUCCUGUACUGCUGGCUGUCUGGUGGGUCCCUGGGCUCAUCUUGCGGACCUCUCUUCUCGUGCUGUGUCACCAACAACGAGAAAAGGAUUACAGCGGAAACGUAUGGACCAGUGAAGAAUGAUCCUUAUUGUGGUAGAAGUGCGACCAGGACAAGUCGUAUUGUAGGCGGCAAUGAUGCUUAUUUUGGACAAUUUCCAUGGCAGGCUGUGAUCCAGGUGGGAGGUAGUCGAUGUGGAGGUGCCCUGGUGGGAAGAAGAUUUGUUGUGACAGCCGGACAUUGUGUUGCCAGAUCUCAACACAAACCUGGAAAUAUCCGAGUGACACUUGGCGAUUAUGUCCUGCAUUCCAAUGUGGAGAGUCUUCCCGCUGAGGUAUUUGGAGUCUCUGAGGUGCGGCUUCAUCCUAACUUUCGAUUCACGCCUCAGGCUGACCGCUUCGAUGUGGCCGUUGUGGUGCUCGACCGUCCUGCCCCUUACAGAGAAAAUAUCAGACCUAUUUGCAUACCUCGGAAAGGAGCCGAUUUCCUGGGCAGGACCGCAUACGCUGCUGGAUGGGGUGCAUUAGAACCAGGCUCUAAGUUGCGUCCAAAAGUUUUACAAUACGUGGCUGUUCCUGUCAUCAACAACAAAGUAUGUGAAACAUGGCACAGGAAGCAAGGUAUCAAUAUCCGGAUUCAUGAUGAAAUGAUGUGCGCAGGCUAUGAGUAUGGAGGAAGAGACGCUUGUCAGGUAACAUUUUCUGAAAUAUUAUUUUCCUAA